UGACAUCCACAUGCUGCUCGGCCUGAAAAGGCAGAAGAGGGGGGGAGCCGGAGGGGAGGCAGAGACCGCGAGCGAGUCACCACCCCGCAGCCCGCCCCCUGCACAGCCACCGACUCGUAGACCUCGGCGAGGCGCAGAGCGAGGUGGAGGUGAGGGCGGGCGCCAGCGAACUCGGAGAAGGGCUCGCUCACUCGCCAGGCGAUCCCAGCCGCUCCACCAGCCGCCGCCGCCGCAGCAGCACCACCACCACCAGCAGCAGCAGCUUCCUUCCUGAGACGCCCCUCGAGAGGCUGGCCAGGCGGGUGUAGCUGCUUGGGGGAGGCUCCCGCUAGGGGAACCCGGCGAGGACGAGAGCCCGGGCGGCCGUCUCUCGGGCUGUCCGGCAGCCGGUGCCCCCGCCCGCGUGUCCGUCCCCGGGACCGGGGGAUGUGUGUCCCUUCACGCCCGUGAGAUCACAUCGCUGCCUGGGAAGCCGCGCCAGGGGAUGCCCGAGGCAAGUCUUGGCUUUAAUUUUUCUGAUGAUUCGUGUUAUUUGACGCCUGGCUUUCGGGAAAUACUCGUGAUGUUGUAGGAUAAAGGAAAUGACACUUUGAGGAACUGGCGAGAACAUAGAUGCGUUUUGAGAGGAAACCCGAUCCCCCUCUUCGCGGUUUGCUCCCGUUUGGUGGCUUGCGGGGGGCUGCCUCCUCCUGGUGAGGUGGGGAUUCCAACAAGACUAAAGGUGAAGACGGGGCGCCCGGACCCCGGAGGGUACCCAGCCCCCCCGCCCCGGUAAAGACACCUUUACAGAAGACAUUGUAAAGGAAAAAAUAAGAGACAAACACAAAGACUUGUAAUUAGACCAGAGACCUGCAAAGCCCUGCUCUGGGGGAAAGCCCCCUGCUCCAGAAUGGAUAUGUCGCUGCUCACCUGGGUUUUCCUAGCCGUCUACUUUUCGGGACACGAAGUGAGAGGCCAAGCAGAUCCACCGUGUGGAGGCCGUUUGAAUUCCAAAGAUGCUGGCUACAUCACCUCCCCGGGUUACCCCCAGGACUACCCCUCGCACCAGAAUUGCGAGUGGAUUGUGUACGCCCCCGAGCCCAAUCAGAAGAUUGUCCUCAACUUCAACCCUCACUUUGAAAUCGAGAAGCACGACUGCAAGUAUGACUUCAUUGAGAUUCGAGAUGGGGACAGUGAAUCUGCAGACCUCCUGGGCAAGCACUGUGGGAACAUCGCCCCACCCACCAUCAUCUCCUCGGGCUCCAUGCUGUAUAUCAAGUUCACCUCUGACUAUGCCCGGCAAGGGGCAGGCUUCUCUCUGCGCUAUGAGAUCUUCAAGACAGGCUCUGAAGAUUGUUCCAAAAACUUCACAAGCCCCAAUGGGACCAUUGAGUCACCUGGGUUUCCAGAGAAAUAUCCACACAACCUGGAUUGCACCUUCACCAUCCUGGCCAGACCCAAGAUGGAGAUCAUCCUACAGUUCCUGACCUUUGACCUAGAGCAUGACCCUCUGCAGGUGGGAGAGGGAGACUGCAAGUAUGACUGGCUGGACAUCUGGGAUGGCAUUCCACAUGUUGGCCCUCUGAUUGGCAAGUACUGUGGGACCAAAACACCCUCCGAGCUGCGUUCUUCCACGGGGAUCCUCUCCUUGACCUUCCACACAGACAUGGCGGUGGCCAAGGAUGGCUUCUCUGCACGUUACUACCUGGUCCACCAAGAGCCACUAGAAAACUUCCAAUGCAAUGUCCCUCUGGGAAUGGAGUCUGGCCGGAUCGCCAAUGAACAGAUCAGUGCCUCAUCUACCUACUCCGACGGGAGGUGGACCCCUCAACAAAGCCGGCUCCAUGGUGAUGACAAUGGCUGGACCCCCAACUUGGAUUCCAACAAGGAGUAUCUCCAGGUGGAUCUUCGCUUUCUAACUGUGCUCACAGCCAUUGCAACACAGGGGGCAAUUUCCCGGGAAACCCAGAAUGGCUACUACGUCAAAUCCUACAAGCUGGAAGUCAGCACUAAUGGAGAGGACUGGAUGGUGUACCGGCAUGGCAAAAACCACAAGGUGUUUCAGGCCAACAGUGAUGCCACGGAGGUGGUUCUGAACAAGCUCCAUAGCCCGCUGCUGACCAGGUUCAUCAGGAUCCGCCCACAGACCUGGCACUCGGGCAUUGCCCUCCGGCUGGAACUCUUUGGCUGCCGGGUCACAGAUGCCCCCUGCUCCAACAUGCUGGGGAUGCUGUCUGGCCUCAUCUCAGAUGCCCAGAUCUCUGCCUCCUCCACCCGCGAGUACCUGUGGAGCCCCAGCGCAGUCCGUCUGGUGAGCAGCCGCUCAGGCUGGUUCCCUCGGAUCCCUCAGGCUCAGCCAGGGGAGGAAUGGCUUCAGGUGGACCUGGGGGCACCCAAGACGGUGAAGGGUGUCAUCAUCCAGGGAGCCCGUGGAGGAGACAGCAUCACUGCAGUGGAAGCCAGGGCAUUUGUGCGCAAGUUCAAAGUCUCCUAUAGCCUCAACGGCAAGGACUGGGAAUACAUCCAGGACCCCAGGACACAGCAGCCAAAGCUGUUUGAAGGCAACAUGCACUACGACACCCCUGACAUCCGAAGGUUUGACCCUGUUCCUGCACAGUACGUGCGGGUGUACCCGGAGCGGUGGUCACCAGCAGGGAUUGGGAUGCGGCUGGAGGUGCUGGGCUGUGAUUGGACAGACUCCAAGCCCACAGCAGAGACGCUGGGACCCACCAUGAAGAGUGAAGAGACCACCACGCCAUAUCCCAUUGAUGAGGAGGCUACGGAGUGUGGGGAAAAUUGCAGCUUUGAGGAUGACAAAGAUCUGCAACUCCCUUCAGGAUUCAAUUGCAACUUUGAUUUCCCGGAAGAGCCCUGCGGUUGGAUGUAUGACCAUGCCAAGUGGCUCAGGAGCACCUGGACCAGCAACUCCAACCCCCAUGACCGCACAUUUCCAGACGACAGGAACUUCUUGAGGCUGCAGAGUGACGGCCGGCGAGAGGGCCAGUACGCCAGGCUCAUCAGCCCACCUGUUCACCUGCCCCGGAGUGCGGUGUGCAUGGAGUUCCAAUACCAAGCCACCGGCGGCCGCGGGGUGGCGCUGCAGGUGGUGCGCGAAGCCAGCCAGGAGAGCAAGCUCCUGUGGGUCAUCCGCGAGGACCAGGGCAGCGAGUGGAAGCAGGGCCGCAUCAUCCUGCCCAGCUACGACAUGGAGUAUCAGAUUGUCUUUGAGGGAGUGAUAGGGAAAGGCCGUUCUGGAGAGAUCGCCAUUGAUGACAUUCGGAUCAGCACGGACGUCCCGCUGGAGAACUGCAUGGAACCCAUCUCUGCUUUUGCAGGUGAGAAUUUUAAAGGGGGCACCCUCCCGCCAGGGACCGAGCCCACAGUGGACACGGUGCCCGUGCAGCCCAUUCCAGCCUACUGGUAUUACGUAAUGGCCGCCGGGGGCGCGGUGCUGGUGCUGGUCUCCGUCGCGCUGGCCCUGGUGCUCCACUACCAUCGGUUCCGCUAUGCGGCCAAGAAGACCGAGCACUCCAUCACCUACAAAUCCUCCCAGUACACCAACGGGGCCCCUCUGGCGGUGGAACCCACCCUAACCAUUAAGCUAGAACAAGACCGCGGCUCCCACUGCUGAGGCCUGAAGCCAGAACCGCGCCCAAAACAAACGAGAAAGACUGAAAACACGAUGCCUCGAUUUUGCACUUUUUUCUCCUUGCCUAGUCUGUGUGUAAAUUCUCAGACAUCCCUCUCCUCACCUCCACCUCACCCUGACCCAUUCUCCUUGGGUUCAUUUGGCUUUCUGUGUGUCUGUCCGUCUUUGCUUUUUGCCAUUGUUGAUUCUGAAAAGCCAACCACCCCCACCUCUGUAAUGCUGCAACUUGGAAAAGAGAUCCGCCCCCGCCCUUCAGGGUGCAAGGCCCAGCGGUUCCUUCCCGGAGGGACUGGCCCUUCUGUGUGCUCCCCUUUGCCUUACCCAGCACCUCCUCUCCCGGGCAGGCUUUCCAGGGGGGCUCCGGGAGACCCUGACUGUACAUAGUAUACACUUGGGUGUGAAAACUAGCUCCGUGUAUGGGUGUGUGUGAUAGACUGGUUCCGUAUUGGGGGAGCGUGAAGGUGUGUUCAAUAUUAGACUGUACACGUUUGGUUUACUUGGAGAAGAGAUGGAAGCUUUUUGUUGCCUUAUCUAGCUCUGGCUGGGUUUCUGUUGGCUGUCAUUGUCAUCUCCAGGUACCUAGAAGCCACGUGGGACGCUGCGUGCCCCACCGUCCCUAUGCUCUCCCCCAACCCACCUGACCCCAGAAGGCGGCUCCCCACUGCACCCUCAGGUCCCCUGUGUUGUGUCUCCCCGUGUCUUUGAAGUCACAAGCUGUCAACCCCUGGCUGUGUGGGGAGCCUCCUUGAAGCUCUGACACAGCCCUGUCUCCUGUUGCCUUAUCAAAGAGAUACUCGUAAUGAAUGUGUAGUUGUUAUCACUUACGUCCAAGCGUGGAGUCAGUUACAGGGAAUGAACACAUCUGGGACUGACGUGGCAAAGGCAGGCAUCUCAGUUGUGAGCAGGAGGAGUGGGCGAGAGAAGCACAGAGUACAGCCUCUGCGAGGUCUGCUCCUCCCGGGUCAUGGCACCCAGCCAGACGCAGCUGAGGAAGAGAACGGAAACCCGUCUUCCUUGGGAUUCAUUCCAUUGGCGACUGGAACAGCAUGUGCAGAAUCCAGGGGAGAAGGGUACCGUUGACUUUCCUUUCUAAGUGUUCAGUGUGUGACUGAGUCUAUAGCCACUAGCAUGUAAGGUUGACCACCUGGCUUGUUUCAAUAUUGUACCAGAGCAUAAAGUUUUGCUAAUGUGCCGAUAUGCUACCCCUUAAAGUAUUCAUGGCACGGCAGGGGGACUGGCACACAUAGAUGCUGCUGUCUCGUGUGAGAGGCAGGACCAUGAAGAUGAACCUGAUGCUGCCUACGUAUUCUUUCCAUGUGGUGGAAGGGGAAGGCUGUUGGCACCUGCCCAGUGAUAGCACGCAAGGCAGGGGUGCAAUCACGAAGCCAACCACAGUGAUGGUCGGUGUGUAUUUGAAGAUUCUCUGGUUCUCUGAAUAGUAGGGCUCAGCCUUGGGGGCAUUGAUCUUCUUUUUACCUUCCUGCUAGGAAUGUACUCGGAGAGUCUAAAAUCCUUUCCAAAGAUGGUUCCUGAGGCUGAAGGCCUCCAGGUACCUACUGAGGACAAAAUACUAAUAUAUUGGGUUUUUUGGUCUUGGAUGCUUGGGAGAGACUUUUUAGCAUUCUUGCAGAAUAGCCAGAUAGGUCCCUCAAGCACAUAUACACAUACUCAGCUUUUGCAUUUGGUUCAUUCCGUCCUCCUCAAAGAACAGCACUCUCCCACUCUUAUUCUAUUUCAAAGAGUCACUCUGCUUCAGCCACAGCAGCUGAGCCAAGAAGAGAGAUGAGAGGAUAGAGCAGGCGUUACCUUGAAAUCCAACAAGUGUCCCAGCCCAGCUGAAGAUGGAGAAAGAAGCAGGCUAGGGAGGGCGCGAUGCCAUGGGAGGACUGAUGUGCCAGCCACCAAGGGCUAUUUCUUUUGGGGGUUCCACAGCCAGUCAUGCUUUAGGGGGCUAAGGAUGAGACAGUCCCUUACAGUGAUUGACAGCCAUGGAGGUGCCCCAUAGAGGUCUGGUGUCAGCCAGUCACACCCGGAGAAGCCAGCCAGUGUAGCAUCUGACUGAGUCCCGACAUACCUUUAAGGGUUCCCCUGCCUUUCAAGAGAAUGACAACAACUUUGUCAACUUGCUGUAUCUUUUAUCUGAUCACCCCAUGUGGCAUCGUCUUUAUGUCCUACCACAGUUGAGACUAUGAGAUUGUUUGCUCCCUUGCUCUCUCUCUCUCUCUCUCUCUCUCUCUCUCUCUCUCUCUCCAUCUCUCUCCACCCAGCAACUUUCAUAGUAUUAUCCAGGUACUAUGCUAAAAGGGCAGCUUUUCUAUAAAACUCCAUGCCUUGUGGCUUUAAAAAGAAAAAAGCAAACUUGUAGAUUUCACAGUGGGAGAGAAGUCACUCUCUUAACAGAAAAACAGGCUGGACAGGUGAUGCACGGAUGCACGUGUUUAGAGUUGCUUCCCAGAAGACAAGAGGCAGCAGCAGCUAUUAAGAUACGAAUGACUGGAUGAAUGGAUGAGUGAAUGGAGGGCCUAGUUGGAGCUCGCCAAGCUUGCGCCUUAGUCAAGGUUUCGUGGCCACACCUCUUGGAGGGAAGGCCUUAUCUGUGGGGUAAAAACCCCUUCCUUAAGAUUUUGCUAGCAGUCUGUCACCUAACCACUGAUGAGGGCAAAGAAAAGUUAAAAAAAUAAAAUCUAUAGCAUUACCAUUGACAAAACAGGAUGAUGAAUAGAAAGUCAAGUAGUCUUUUCCUUUGUCCUAUAUUUUUGGGAUUGAAGCCAGAACCGACAGGAAAUCCAGUAACAAGUCAAAGGUUAGUACCCCAUCUUUAAAAAAAACAGCCUGUCUUUUAAAAAUGAAACCAGCAGGCAAACACCUAAAGAAUAGAACAAUUACCAAAGAACAACAACAAAACAAGGAAACCUAAAGAUUUGUACUUCUGCUUUACCCCUCUUUCUGUUACCGUGACAUCCCUUGCAUUGCUCAGUUGCCUGUGUGUCAAAAUUACUGUGGACGUUGGAAACUAUUUGCAAAUGUAUUGUGUGGAAUGUAAUAAAAUGAUGAUAUUUUUAUACAAA